AUGGUGACAACAGCUUUAAAUGAGACAGAGCAGAGCAACGUUACUGUUUGGGAUACCAAAACGCAAGCCUUCCAUGGUGGUCAGGAACACCGUUUUUUAAAUAAUUUUGUUCAAGACUUUAGCGUCACUACCAAUUAUCUUGGAACACCUCGUAAGGCUUUGGAAGCAGCCAAAGAUGCUAUAAAUGAGAUUCAUCAUUAUCCAGCUGCCGACCAGGAACCAGCCAAAUCUUGUUUAGCCGAGUUCCUUUGGGGCACAGAAUACAAAAAACAUCACGCUCGGUUGCUUUUAGGUAAUGGUGCUUCUGAACUGAUCGACCUUGUCAUCCGAAAAGCGUUGGAAACAUUUCACAAGUUUAACGAACCAAACAAUGGACAGAAAAAGCCGACUUGGAAAGGCGGUCCCUGGAACGUUCAGUACAGGGAGUACCAACGUAGUGCUGAAACACACGGUCUUGACAUCAAGGACCCUUCCUUCCAUGAUCGGGCGGAUGUUCUAUGUGUUGUUAAUCCUUGCAAUCCCACCGGUGACUAUUUGUCUAUACACCAGCUCAAAGAAUGGAUCAGAGACAAUGUAAAUCCUGGCGGUUGUGUUAUUGUGGAUGAAUCCAUGCAACCUUGGCACUCUUCCGAGUUCAGGCAUGAUUCUCUUAUCACCCAACACGACUACAUUGAAGAAAUGUACACUCACUAUGGUGUCUCUGUGCACGUCAUGCAUUCCUGGACAAAGAUAUGGUCUUGUACAGGCCUACGCGUAGGCUCUGUCAUUUGUCCUACCGCUCAACAUUGCGAAGCUUUACGUAAAAUAGCAGUGCCAUGGUCUGUGAAUGGACCCGCAUUGAAAUUUGUAGAACAAGUAGUAAAGGACACGGACUAUCUGGAAGAAACAUGGCUAAAGACAAAGCCAUUGAGAGCCUAUUUGAUCCAUCAGCUAAAGUCUUUGGGCUACGAAAACUGGGAUUAUCAUGGAGAGCCCUUCUUGAGCUGGGUUUGGUUGGAUAUGAAAAAUGAAGAAAGAGCAGAAAAGGCUGUAGAUCUCGCUCGUAAGGCGGGUGUGCCUGUACGCAGCGGUAAGCCUGGUUAUCAAUGUAAUACAUUUGUCAGAAUCGCCGUUCGCAGAGAAAAAGAAGUUCAAGUUCUAAUGGAUGCAUGGAAGUCGUUGUAA